CUGCAAGAGAUUCCACGAUUCUUGAAGACAGUUUUGUGUCAAAGUUAUUGUGUUCAUUAUUGUAUAUUUGUUUUUUAGUUUUGUGAUUUGUAUAAAAAGAGAUACACAAUUAUGAUACAUAAUAGUAAAAUAUUUUAGUUGUGACACAAUAAACAUAAGUUUCCUCGGAUUUUUAACUACAACUUUACGCGUAGUUUGAGCAUAACCAAUAUGUCAGACGUUAAAAGUCUCGAAUAUCCAACAUUGAAGGUUCCUUAUGAAUUACUUAAUAAAAAAUUUCGUUUAGCUCAAAAAGUCAUAGAUAGAGAAGCUUCAUAUGUACAAACAGCAGCUAAUGAAUUAAUGAAAGAUAAUAAAACAUCUGUUCCUGCUGGGGAAAUGAGCAUAUUAUUAGGAGGAGUUGUAGAAAAACUUCAAACUUUAAAGAGAAAAGCACAAGAAUCUAUUGCAGAAGAGUUACAAGCAGGAAUGGUUUGCAAAAGACGACUAGAACAUUUAAAAGAACAUGCUAAUACUGCACCAAGUGUUGUGAAUCAGUGGCGGCGACAAAGACUUGAUAGAAUGUUAAUAGAAUAUUUCCUUCGUAAAGGUUAUUAUACAACUGCAACUAAAUUAGCAGAUAGUAGUGAGCUUAGAGAUUUAACAAAUAUAGAUGUUUUUAUGGUAUCAAGAGAAGUUGAAGCAUCUUUAGCAAAUCAUGAAACUGCAAGGUGUGUUGGAUGGUGCUAUGACAAUCGAUCUAAGUUAAGAAAAUUAGGAAGUACUAUGGAAUUUAAUUUACGUGUACAAGAGUUCAUAGAAUUAGUAAGACAAGAUAGAAGGCUUGAUGCUGUCAAACAUGCUAGAAAAUGUUUUACAAAUUAUGAUGAUUACCAGUUGCAAGAAAUUCAAUGUUGUAUGGGACAAUUAGCAUUUCCAGCUAAUACAUCUCUUAGUCCAUAUAAAGAUCUAUUAGAUGAAAAAAGAUGGGAUAGAUUAAUUGAACAGUUCAGACAUGAAAAUUAUAGACUUUUUCAAUUAGCAAGUCAAAGUGUUUUUACAGUAGCAUUACAAGCAGGUCUAUCAGCAUUAAAAACACCUCAAUGUUAUAGUGCAAAUAAAGAAGGUAGAAAUCCAAAUUGUCCAGUGUGCAAUGAAGCUCUCAAUGAGCUAGCAGUUCCAUUGCCUUUUGCUCAUUGUUCACAGUCAAGACUUGUUUGCAGUAUUAGUGGAAAACCAUUAAAUGAAUAUAAUCAACCAAUGAUGAUGCCAAAUGGAUAUGUAUAUGGAGAACAAGCAUUGGAAAAAAUGGCUCAAGAAAAUAAUGGUACUGUAAUUUGUCCAAAAACCAAAGAAGUGUUUCCAUAUAAAAAAAUAGAAAAAGUGUAUGUUAUGUAAUAAUUAUUGACUCAAACAUAAUUUGUAUUAUAUCUGCGUUUCAUACUAUGUACCAAUAUUAACAAAAGAAAUAACUUCUAUUUUUAAGAAAAUAUUUUUUUGCAAAUUUUCUUUAUGAUCAUCUACUAGAAUAAAAUGUGAUAUAAACAAAUAAUGUGUGGAAAACGUUCUAGUUUUUCGAUAUAAAAAGAUAUACAAAUUAUUAUUAUAAUGUAGUUGGAUAUUAAACAUAAAAUCAGAUUUUUGUCCUUAUUCA